UCUCACAUUCACACCUUCUACAGCCGUUCUUUUUUUUUUUGAAACAGGGUUCCUUCCCUAAAACGAAUCAGGGUUGGCUUCGUUGUUGGUAAGGCAGAUCGGCAUUUCGCCGUUCAAGUCUGGAGAUCGCGAUCCCAAAGAAUUUCUCGCCCGAUCGGUUCCGGCAUCCUCCAUUAUGCAGUAGUUGGCUAGCUCAUCUGGUGCCCAGCACGAUGAACCUCGCCGGAAAUGUUGUGAAAGCUUGGCCUGUAAGAACCCAGUCAUCUAUCCAACCUUCUGUGACAUCUUGCCAAAUAAGCACGCUGAGGCAUGCGAGAAGUGCCAGCCAAUUCAGAAUCAGCGCACAUCACGCUCCAAGGCUAGGUCCCCAUGAAGUUCUGAAAUAUCCAGUUCUUACUGAAGCCACCGUGAGGGAUGUCGAGAGGCAGAACAUGCUUGUGAUCAUCGUUGAUGUCCGUGCAGACAAGGGUGAGAUCAAGGCAGCUGUUCAGGAAAUUCUUGGCGUCAAGGUUAAGAAAGUCAACACCCUGAUAAGAUGGGAAGAAGAAAGCCUUUGUGCAGCUGACACAAGACUACAACACCGCAGAUGUUCUACAUAGAGAAAAUAACUCAAGCAGUGGUUAACAAGGAUUGCUAGUCAAUAUUAUAUGGUCUUUGUUUCAAAAUGUUCAGAAGAUUGACAGGUUUCAACUCAGUUAGCUAAACUAUAUGGGUUUAAUCUAUACUUCUACAUA